UUCUUUUUGACUUUGGGCUUCUCUUCUUCUCCCUCUCUCUCUCUCUCUCUCUCUCUCUCUCGCUCUGGUUUGGAAGAGAGGAAGAUGGAAGCCCUUCUACUUCUCCUUGAUUGCUGAGUUUCUCCUUCUCUUCUUCCUUCUUCUUCUUCUUCUUUAUUCCAGCGAUCAAAAGGCCCUAUUUUUUUGAUCGGUUUCUUUGUUUUUGCCGGGAUUUCUUCAGGUUUGAGGUUUGCAUAGCGUCUAGUCCAAUGGGUUGGCUGAACAAGAUAUUUAAAGGUUCCAGCCAUAAAAUUUCUGAAGGGCAAUAUCAUGGAAAAGCUGCUGCUGAUGAGAUUUGGAAUGAGCCCUCUAGUUCAUUGGAUGUACUGUCAGAGUAUGAAAAUGAAGAUAUAGAUCAUGCUAUUGCCCUUUCCCUAUCAGAGGAAGAACAUAAAAAAGCAAAGGAAAUUGAUAAUGGAUCUCAUUUGGAAGAAGAUGAGGAACUUGCGAGAGCCUUACAGGAGAGUCUAAAUGUGGAGUCCCCUCCUCGGGAAAAUGGCCAUAUUUAUCAACCAAUGCCUUUUCUCUUUUCCUCUGGUGUCAGGAUAUGUGCUGGCUGUAAUACUGAGAUUGGCCAUGGGCGCUUUCUCAGCUGUAUGGGCGCUGUGUGGCACCCAGAGUGUUUCCGCUGCCAUGCUUGUAAUCAACCAAUAUCUGACUAUGAGUUCUCUAUGUCUGGGAACUACCCAUAUCACAAAGCUUGUUACAAGGAGCAAUAUCAUCCAAAAUGUGAUGUCUGUAAGCAAUUUAUCCCGACGAAUAUGAAUGGUCUCAUUGAGUACAGGGCGCACCCUUUCUGGGGGCAGAAAUACUGCCCAUCACAUGAAGUUGAUGGAACUCCACGGUGCUGCAGCUGUGAACGUAUGGAGUCUAGAGACGUAAGAUAUGUUGCUUUGGAUGAUGGACGAAAGCUCUGCCUGGAGUGUCUGGAUUCUUCAAUUAUGGAUACCAGUGAAUGCCAGCCUCUUUACCUUGAUAUACAGGAGUUCUAUGAAGGACUAAACAUGAAAAUAGAACAACAGGUUCCAUUGCUUUUGGUUGAGAGGCCGGCACUGAAUGAGGCCAUGGAAGGAGAGAAGCAUGGGCAUCAUCACCUACCUGAAACAAGAGGGCUCUGCUUGUCUGAAGAGCAAACUGUCAGCACUAUUUUGCGGAGGCCAAAGAUUGGGGCUGGAAACAGAUUCAUGGAUAUGAUAACAGAGCCAUAUAGGCUCACUAGGCGAUGUGAAGUGACAGCUAUUCUUAUUUUAUAUGGGCUUCCAAGGUUGUUGACAGGCUCAAUUCUUGCUCAUGAAAUGAUGCAUGCAUGGUUGAGGCUUAAAGGAUACCGUUCUCUUAGCCAAGAAGUCGAAGAAGGCAUUUGCCAGGUGCUUGCUCAUAUGUGGUUGGAUUCUGAAAUAAUGUCAGGUUCCGGUAGUAAUGUUGCCUCCACCUCAUCCUCUUCUUCAACUGGUCCAUCAAAAAAAGGUGCAAAAUCUCAAUUUGAGAGGAAGCUUGGAGAGUUUUUCAAACAUCAGAUAGAAUCAGAUACUUCAUCAGCAUAUGGUGAUGGUUUCCGUGCUGGCAACCAAGCAGUUCUUCAGUUCGGUCUCAAGCGAACCCUUGACCACAUUAGGAUGACGGGGAGCUUUCCAUAGUAAAACCUCUGCAUCGAAUCAUUCCUGUUCACAUAGCAUUUAUAGUCACUGUCCUUGUUUCAAAAUGCCGGACUUCAGUUUAUAGGAAAAUUUGUGUUUGUUUAUCAACGGAAAGGAAGAAAAAGAAAAAGUAAAGGAGAGAGACUGCAAAUUGUACUCUCCAUUAAUCACUUGAAUGAUAGGAACAUCAAAAUUACCAUUGAUAUUGAAUAAAUUAGAACUUGUGAAAUGUUCAGAAUGA